AUGAGGCCAGACUUGAUGUUCUCAAUUAGUUUGAUUAGCAGAUAUAUGGAGAGACCCACUGAACUUCACACGCAAGCUGCGAAGAAAAUCCUCAGGUAUUUGAAGGGUACAGCUGAGUUGGGGAUUGCUUAUAGAAGAGGUGGAGAAGAGAAGCUGGUAGGGUUUGCGGAUAGCGAUUAUGCGGGGGACAUCGAUGAUAGAAAGAGUACUUCAGGGUACGUCUUUAUGCUUGGAACUGGAGCAGUUUCAUGGUCAUCAAAGAAGCAACCAGUUGUGACCCUAUCAACCACAGAAGCUGAGUUUAUUGCAGCUGCAUAUUGUGCGUGUCAAGGGGUAUGGCUGAGAAGAAUACUCGAGAAGAUUGGGCAUGCUCAAAGUAAGUGUACUACGAUUUAUUGUGACAACAGUUCAGCUAUAAAACUUUCGAAAAAUCCAGUCAUGCAUGGUAGGAGUAAGCAUAUAGAUGUGAGAUUUCAUUUUUUGAGUGACUUAACAAAGGAGGGAAUUGUCGAAUUGGUGCACUGCAAUACACAAGAACAGGUCUCAGAUAUCAUGACAAAGCCACUCAAAUUGGUAUCGUUCUUGAAGCUACGAGAUAAGCUGGGCAUGUGCUCGAAGCUGGAGUAA